AUGCCGUCUGAUGAGAACCUUAUUCGGGCUAUAAGGCGCAGCCCGUUCCUUCUGACUUGUGAGCUGGAGACAUAUGUGAUCCCUGGUAUCAGGAUUCUUAGAGAAAGUGGGGUCGGCGAGUCGAGCAUUGUGCGAUUAUUCUUGUUUCACCCGAGGACUCUCAUGACUUCACGGAGUCAACUCUCUCAGACUAUAGAACGUGUCAAGAAAAUGGGGGUGGAUCCUAGGUUAAGGCAAUUCAAUGUAGCUGUUCAGACGAUUGGAGGAGUGAGCAAGGGAACUUGGGACAGCAAGAUUGAUGCUUAUAAGAAGUGGGGUUGGUCCAACGAACUGAUUCUGAAGGCUUUCACGAAGUCUCCAUGGUGUAUGGCAAUGUCUGUGAAGAAACUUAUGGCCAAUAUGGACUACUACGUUAACAAAAUGGGGUUUGAUCCUUUGGUUAUUACAGCUCGACCUGUAUUACUGGCCUUCAGCUUGGAUAAGAGGAUUAUGCCUCGAGAUGCUGUUCUGUGUGUCUUGUUGUCAAAAGGGUUGAUCGAAUCUAGAGCCUCGGUUCAGGCAUUGGCACUAACGAAUGAGGGGUUCCAAAAGAAGUUUUUUGACCCUUAUAAAGAGGAGGCUCCUGAACUGUUACAGUUGUUUCAGGAGAAACUCAGAACUUGUUGA